CAGAGGGCGUGGUUAAAGAACUUCCGGUUCCUACUACAUAACAUCCGGUUCGAGUCCAAACCCGGGUUUGACGAACUAUGUGCCAUGGAUAGAACCAUUGCCAACCAACCAAGCGUUGGUGAUGAGACGAAGCCUGAGAAGGAAGCGGAGAAGACCCAUCACCUGAACAGUGAUCAUAACAAAGAGGACAGGGAAGUCGAAACCCUGGUCACUUCAGAUGACAAGGUAAAAGACAACAGCAAUGUGAAGAAGAAAAGAAAACCUCUGUAUUUUUGGUCCACAGCAGAUGUUAACAAAUGGCUACGGAAACGGUGUGGCUGCUACUGUGAUAUGUAUGAGAAUAUGUUCUUGGACCAUGAAGUAACAGGUCGUACAUUGAUUAGAAUGAAUGACAUCAAACUGGAGAAAAUGGGCAUCGCAGACAGCAACCACAGACGAGAACUUAUGCAACAGAUUCUACAGCAGAGAUUAAAGCACGAACGUGUGGAGUUAAAGAAUGCAAACAUGCGAAGCAGUUUGCUGUUGCCGUACCAUCAGAAUGAAAGGGAUGGAUUUGAGGAAACCAAAGUAACGGGCUUGUUGGAAGCACCAUUACCUCCAUAUUAAAACUCGCUGAAUUGCAAAAAAGAAAUUUUAGUUAUUGAACUUCGUGAAUUGUGAAGCUUCCAUUCUCGCUUUGAACAGGUUCCAAGAGGAAUUCACAAAACACUGAGGUACCAAAGACUCUUAGAAUUCACUUUAACAGGAUCUUGUUAUAUCUAACACCUGAGAAUUAAUAACUUCCAUUGAAGUUAACCAGCAUUUUAGUGGAAAAUAUUUAAUAUAUUUUAGAAAGGUUUAAAUGCUUAAAAUAAAUCUUUUAAACUGCUUAACAUCUGGCAGAUGUACCAGAUGGCAUUUAAUUAAAGUUCUUUGUUAAUAUGGACUCAUCAGAACUUCUUAAUUGGAUUUCAUUAAUACAGAGAAAAAAAAUUGUUUUUAAUCAUCUCAGAUCUUUGUGCAAGUUCAGUUUCUAUCUGUCAUUAUUUAUAAAUUCUUUUUCUAUUAACAAUUUUUUUUAAUGAGAAGGAAACAAUUACAAAUAAUUUUCAACAACUCCUUAUCAUUUUUUAUGUAAAGAUUAACAGAAAUUUGUAUUUAGCCGUCUAUGCAAUGUGACACAGUAUGUAGUUGAUGCAGUUAGCUGCUGCUGCCUGAUGCCCCACCAGAUAUCCUGACAGUUGUGAUAGAAACAAACGUAACAGGUUUAGUCAUAGAUGAUAUUACUUUGACAUUGUUUUGUCGUUUUAUUAUCAUUCUUAAUUACAAAGGCAUUCAUAAAUAAUUACUCCUCUUUUCUUCAUCCGUUGGUUAAUCCGAAAUUUAUCUAACAAGGCUUGUAGCCAAUAAACAUCGCUAAAUAUGGGAGAAACCAAAAAUUGAGAAAUGGUCUGUUCAAAUUUGUCUUCAGAUAGUCUUUUGAACCUCCAAGGUCAUAGUUGUGACCUUUUAAAAAGGUUUGCACCUGAACGACUAAUAUUGACAGGUAAUCUACUUGUUCUGUCUCUUAGUAAACCCUGCUUAAAUUCGUUUCUGAGUUUUGGAUUUUAAUGAAAUACUUUCAGCAAAUUUCUAUAAACUUGAUAAGUCAGCUAAUGUUAAUUAAUCCAUUAAUUUGGAAGUAAUUGGUGAAGAAAGAGGGAAGGAAAGAAGUGUCUCUAAGAUUAUAACAAGUUUCUAAAUCUACAACUGCAGAAUUGUCUAUGAAAAAAAUCUGGGUCUUUAGGUGUGUAGGAAGGUGGUCGAUGAUGUUUUUGUUGUAAUUGGUGAUCAGUAAGAAGAGAGACAUAGAUGUUGUAAUGUUCAUGCCUUUACCAACAGUAAUGAGUGUUUCUGAGGUGGUCUUGGCAACAUUGACCUGGAUAUGGCCAGUGUGUGUGUGUGUGUGCACGUAUGUGUAACAACCACAUUUCUGGCUAAGUUGGCUGUGAUUUUCUCUCUUCAAGCAAACAGAACCGAGACAACCUUUAAAUAUGGUUUAUAUAAGACAGACAUACUGGGUGGUCAUCUUGGACUCUGCUGCUGCUACUACUACUACUAGCUGUGUCUUAAUGCUAUAUACUCUCAGAUCUUGUAAUACUUACUAUUUGAUGUUUUCUGAAUUAUUUCCUCCUCUUUACUUGCCUUUAUUUAGAAUCCAUUUUUUAGUAGUGGCCAAGUGCUAAGGUGGACUUAGUCACAAUCUAUGUUGAAUGUCUUCGGUCUUGUUAUUGCCAAGCUUUGCCUUUCAGUUCAAAUAGUUUUAAAAAAUAAUAAAAAAAAAAGGACCAGUAAUUUCAUUUCCAGUCACUUGUGAAAUCCUAAACUAUCAAAAA